AUGAGGGACCAGCCGCCGGUGGCGCCGGCCCGGCCCGGGCCGCAGGGCCGCAGCGUCAGCCUGUCGGGCCAGAUCACGCGGCUGCAGCGGAUGAGGAUCCGGGCGGCGAGCAGCGCCGAUGCCAGCCGACCCUCGCCGGAGCCGACCGGGCCGGCCAAGCUGCUGCGGCCACCCCGCCAGAGCUCGACACAAGACGCCGAGGACUGGCUCCUGAUCGACCGGGACACGUAUAUGUACAUGGCGCAGGACUUCACCCACACCAAGACCAUGCUGCACAAGCUGCGCCGCGUGCUGCAGGAUUCGGAGACGUCCAAUCCGUUUGAGCACAGUCUUCAGCCGGGCCGGCGCGGCACGUCGGUGUCCAGCGAGGUGUCGUCGUUAGACGGCAGGGGCAGCGUCGACGGUGGCGCCGACCUGGCGGCGGAGAACGCCGACCUCAAGAAGCAGGUGGCGGCACUGCAGCAGCAGCUGGAGGAGAAAGACCGCACCAUCCACCUGCUGCAACAGCAGAUGUCUAAGUACGCCACGACGGCGCUAGAUGUCAGCACGGUCGCCACUCAGGCCAGCCAGGUGGUGACGGAGGACCCGCACGUGAUCACCUUCCGGAUCGGCCAGCGUCUCCGCAGGUAAAUGAGCGGUAGGACCGGAGCCGCGCGGGCAGCUGACCCUGGGCAGCGCCGGAGGGCUGAGCCCUGACCCCGGGCCGCCGCGGGUCACGCCGGGCGGCAGCUGCGCGGCCGGGAGCGGCAGCGAACACGCCAAAGAUGAAGAUAAUGUGAUGCCGCGGCGGCGAUACAUUCCCGCCGUGUUUGCGAUGCCACGCCCCUGUGGGUGUAUGUGCGAGUGUGCGUACUGUCGGCUGGCGCUUGCAGGCGAGACGGCCUCACACUGCAUUCCAAAUUUGUCGCGCUCUUUCGAUGUCAGCAUUCCGUGACGUGAGCUUUCCGCCGUGUGUGUUAACCCGCCCCCCGCCCCCGGCGUAAAUUGCCCCGACCGGCGCUCUUUGGUUGCUUGCACUCGGAGGAGGAACGCCGCGGGUUUUGCCUCGGCCCGGGGCCAACGACACAUUCCACUGAAACAGGGUCGCCCUAUUGCGGCACGCGCUGGGUCUCGCGCUCCAGCGCCAGUCGGCCGGGCGCGGUUUGGCGCCGGAGGGGUGUGCGUGCGCGUCGACUAUUGAGGGAAGAGCUUCGCGCGGUGACGAUGACGCCGGGCGGCGCCGCCGCAGGCUCGCCGUCGCUGCCGCUGUGCAAUAGACUGAAGCGGCGUCAGUGGCGUCAUCGGCGAUCGUGACGUAACGUCACGGGUGGCCCGCCUCCCGCGGCCGCGCCACGGAGUCGGGUCGUGUGGCCGUCGCGGUUGGGCUCGUUACGGUGACGCCGCGGCGGCAGCGAGAAACCACCGCGAGGCGGCGCUAGCGGCGCUCCUGGCAGCUCCGCGGGCCAGCUUUGUUUUAACGCGCGAUUCGUGUUGGUCUUGGCGCGACCGCUAGUGGCCGCGUGAAAUAAAUAUGAUGCGUGAAG